CAAUUAACAGAAAACUGUCCUCGAGUGCUGGAGUACAGUGGUUCAAUGGAAGGCCGCACUCUUGUAGGUCACGUGUUCAAAGGAGUUGAACUCACGUCCCCAGAUGUUUGCGAGAUAAAUUGUUUUUUGGAAGCCGACUGCGUGUCUUUUAAUGUUGUACAUCGGGAAGAUGGAAAGUACUGGUGUGAACUAAGUAAUUCUGAUCACAUAGCACACCCGGAUGAUCUUGUGUUUGGAGUCAACACUAAAUAUCAGCCAUACCUGGUGAGAGUAGAGAACUAUCUGCUUGGUGUAAUUAAAUGAGAUUUUUAACAACCGGCAGGUGGGAAGGAUAUACAAAUUAGCAGAAAACAGAAGCAUAUUUGAUCAUAUAACCUCGAAGCGUCCAACUUCCUCUUACUUGUUGAAAACAAGCCGUCCAAUCAGAAGCAAGGAAAAUUUUAUGCCCAAAUAUGGAAUGAGAGGGUUAUAUGAUUUUGCACUCAGAAAAUCAAAAUAAAGUGCGAAUUUUAGAAACUAGAUAAAGGGAGAAUCGAUUGCAUUUAUUAGCUUUAGCAUACUUUCAAGGCGGAGGAGUUGGUUUUUUAAUAUCUUGAAACUGAGAUGAACGGAUCCGAAGCGCCUAAAUAUGUAGCCUGUGCCAGAUAGUGGGGACGUCGGAAAAACAAGGUCAAGCAAAAAUAAGAUACGCGUUUGUGAACUGGGGAAGUGAGCGGAUCCCCUUUUCCCAGUCCACGCGCUUUUUACAAUCUCGGUACUAUUAUCUUAGACCCUGAAAUAGACCUCUUUAACUUGUAGAUUUUGUUUUCGCAAUGCAAGUCGUUUGAUGAUACUCUAGAGAAAAGUUUAUUUCAAAUUUCGUCUUAUUCACCUGCAUACGUUUGCUUAAUUUAUGAAGAGACAUAGGAUCAAAUUCCCUUGGGGCCUUAUUCGGGAAAACAAAACGUACAAGCUAAAGAGGUCUAUAGCUGAAGUAUCAUGCUGAAAACAGUUCAAUCCCUCAAAUGCGUUCGUUAGUCCUAAUACAUCUUAAAUGCCAUCCGACUGAUUUGUCAGUCGCACCUAUCCAGUUUACCAACCGGAGUAGGCACCGAUACUGACAUAAUUUGUUUCCGUUGUAACCGGUGGCCUUUGAAUGACUUAAGCGACCGCUAAUCCCUAUACAUUUAUGCCCUUCCACUACCCAAAAAGGAUGGACCACUUACAAAACAGAACAGUUUUUACUCCAUCCUUGGCUAUUCUAUGUUCAGUCGUGGGCGUCAGUUAUAUUUGGUCAUGUCAUUCUGCAACAUUUUCUCUGACGCAUCUUUUCUUUUCUGCUUCUCAUCCUCUUUAUAAAUAAUGAGCAGGUAUUUAAAUUUGCUUCUCAAGAAACAAGGGUCUACUCUGACCCUGUUAUGCAUGUGAACUAAGACAAGGCGUUGCACGCUCUGUGGACCGAUUUGUUACUGAGGUAACUGGGUAGUGGAUGAUUGUUCAAUUCUCUAAAUAUCGCUUAAAUAGUUCACUUCUAACGUGAUUGAAUCUACCUUUUUGUAGAACCCGUGUGCAAGCAAUCCCUGUUCUCUGAACAGUCGUUGUCAAAUAGGCUUCACUGAGAAAGGUUACCGCUGCCUGUGCUCUGCUGGAUUCACUGGCUCAGACUGCAAAGGUUGUUGCUUUUUAAUGAGUUUGUGCCCCUUGAAACCGGGCUUAUUAAAAAGUUCCAAUCAAAAGAACUCUUUGUUGUUGAUCGAAUUUUUCAAUAGCUUGGUGGUCUGUUUGAGUAUGGGGUCUUUGACUCUUUUACGGGACCAUCCUUAUGGCAUUUUUCUUUUUUCUUUAAUUAUAUUUUUUGGAACUGCCAUUAAAUUUAAAAUGAAUGAAUGAAUAAACAUAAACAGAUUAUCACGUUAAGAGUGAACCGCACAAAACCGAGAAAGCGACUCAAACGCUUUUCAGAAUUUUCGUAACAUCACGAACGUUACUGAAGUCAAAAUGUCCUCUGAACCGGCGGUCUAAACAAGUGUGAUAUGACAGAGUUUACAUACUAGAGCAAUACAUGUUGAGACAUUGUUGUGACGUGUUGAAACUUUGUUGUGAAAAAUACUGUGUCGAGACUGACCAGAGCUUAAGGACAAUAUUUAACUUAGCUUUUUGGUCUCUUUUUGUCUCUGCAGAAAUUCCAGUUGUUAUCACGUCUCCAACGGUUAUUUCUACACAAGCAGGACAGCACGUCACUUUCACGUGCAGCGCGUCUGGUUUAUUGCCCCCUAUCAUUACAUGGAGUAAGUCUGAAGGAAGUCUGCCUGCUUCAAGAACUCUUAUCACGGAAGAACAACUAACUAUACUCAAUGUUACGAUAGAUGACAGUGGUUUCUAUGUGUGCAAUGCUACGGGUGCUACAUGGACAAAUUCCUCUUCUGUCGAACUUAAAGUGUUUUGUAGUCUUGUCAACAUAAUUAAACCAGCUUCUUCUGUUACCCUGUUCGUUGGCCAAGCUAUGAAAUUUCUAUGUACUACGUCAAGUGGAACAGAGUUGUGGAUGUACAAUGGAAGUACUUCACUACCUCAGGAAGUAGCUCUCGAGACACCAGGCGUAUUACUCAUUCCUUCACUUAGGAAAGAUCACGUAGGUAACUACUCUUGUCUAUCAGGAGAUUCCCUUCAGAGGAAUGUAAGUCUUCAUGUUAAAUUUCCAGAAACAUGCAGCAUAGUCAAGCAGGGCAUUUGUGAUGCCAGCGGUGAUUAUGUCAUAGAUCCUGAUGGUGAACUAGGCGAAGAUCCAUUCACCGUUUAUUGUAACAUGACCGACAAGGGAGGGGUUGGGGUAACCGUUGUCAGCCAUGACAGCGAGGACAGGAUCCAUGUAAUAGGAUUCGAUGGUCGGGGUAGUUACAGACGCGACAUUCACUACAUCAGUGCCAGUCUCUCUCAGAUCGUGAGUCUGAUCCAAGUCUCCACAAAUUGUCAGCAGUUCAUCAAAUACGAGUGCAAGGGAGCCGUAAUGAGAUUAGAUAGAAAUGAUAAAUAUGCCUGGUGGGUGUCACGUGACGGUGUGGCCAUGACGUAUUGGGGUGGAGCUACCAACGGUUGCGCAUGCGGGAUGACCAAUUCCUGUGCUAACCCAUCGUGGUCGUGUAACUGUGAUAAAAAUGACAAAGUCUGGCGAGAAGACAGCGGUAUUCUCGCGAACAAAUUGGAUCUUCCUGUCUCACAGCUAAGGUUUGGAGACGCUGGAGAGCAUGGCGAGGAAGGAUAUCACACUCUUGGAAAAUUAGAAUGUUAUGGAAUAAAUUAA